AUGGUCGACGACCGCGACGAGAAGGAGAAGGGGCAGCACCGCGUCGCCGACAAGAUCGUGCUGGACUACCUGAAGAAGCGCGGACAUAGCAAGGCCGUCGAGGCCCUGCUCAAGCACGACCUUGGUGGCAUGGGCAUUAACGCGGCGCUGGCGCAGAGGAAGGAGUGGGCCGUGGAGGAGGCGGUCGUCGACGAUGAUCUCAAGAACUUGCUCAUGAUGCUCAGCCGCCCGUCGGAGCUUGCGGACAAUGAUGCGCGACGGUUUGCGGAAAGUUAUUGCGAACUGAGGGAUUGGGUGGAUAAUAGCUUGGAUAUUUACAAGGCGGAGUUGCAUAGCGUCUUGUAUCCGAUGUUGGUGCACUGCUUCUUGGAGAUCGUGAGGAGGGAGCAUUGGAAGGAGGCCCACGCGUUUUUGAAACGAUGCUCAGCCGAGUUUAGCGAAGGGGGAGGGCCUGACGGGGCGUCCGGCCGGCGGGAAGAGAUUAUCGCGCUGUCGGGAAUUUCGUCGACGCAACAUCUUGAGGAGAACGCGACGGCCAAACUGUUUUUGCACCACCGAUACGAGAUCCACUUGUCUAGCUAUGCGUAUGAGCUCGUGAUAUCGUUUCUGGCGGAUGAUCCGAGGAGGAGCGUUCUGCUGCGGAUCCUGAACACGAGAUGCAAGAUCGCUGAGAAUGCGCCGGCGGGCCUGCUGGAGAAAGAGGUGCUGUGGGGGAGGCUUCGGCCCGAGCACUAUAUGAUCGCCGAUGAAGUAGAGACGGCGGCAAAGGGCAAAGGAAAAGGGAAGGCGGGUGCGGAGAAGGGGAAGGCGGGGGGCGAGAACAAGACGAAAGGGGAGACGUCGAAGAAGGACGCGGGCGGGGACGAUGAGGAGCGGCCACGGACGCGGGAAGACGGGACGAUCAGCGAGUCACGGAUCCCGCUGAAAAAGUAUCGGCAAGGUGCAGCCGGGUUGGAGACGGCCGGGGACCGGAAGAACCGAGCCAAGCUGGAGCAGCUGGCAUGGGACACGGAGAGCGCCAAGAGCGAGCUGGCGAUCCUGUGCUACACGUUUACCAACACGAAGGAGGACGAGCUGAACUGCUCGGGGAUCUCCGAGGACGGGUCGCAAGUGGUGGCCGGGUUUGGGGAUUCUACGGUGCGGAUGUGGGACGCCAAGGGGACGGGGACAGCCGAGAGCGGGGCGGGCGGGCUGGGCGGGCGUGCGGCGCGACUCGUCGGGCACUCUGGUGCUGUGUACUCGGUGGACUGGAGCAAGUGCGGGCGGUUCAUCCUGAGUGGGUCCGGGGACGGGACGGUGCGGCUGUGGAGCGCAGGGCUCAAGUCGAACGUGGUUGCGUACCGCGGGCACAACUACCCGGUAUGGAGCGUGGAGUUCUCGGGGGUGGACCACUACUUUGCGAGCGGCGGGUACGACCGGACGGCGCGGGCGUGGUGCACGGAGCGGAUCUCGCCGGUGCGGAUCUUCGCGGGGCAUCUGGCGGACGUGGACGCGGUGCGGUGGCACCCGAACUGCAACUACGUGGGGACGGGGUCGUCGGACCGGACGGCGCGUCUGUGGGACAUGCGUGACGGGCGGUGCGCGCGUGUGUUCGGGCCGCAGGGCGGGACGGUGCACGCGCUGGCCUUCUCUCCGGACGGCAAGACGGUGGCGUGCGGCGGGGACGGUCGCGCCGUGGAGGUGUGGGACGUGGGGAUGGGGACGCGCGUGACGCGGCUGCGCGGGCACGCCGGGCGCGUCCUGAGCAUGGACUACUCGCGCGAGGGCGCCGUGCUCGCCAGCGGCGGGGCUGACGAGGCCGUGUGCGUGUGGAACGCGGCUGGGUGA